GCAGAUCACAGCUUCUUGACUUGUUGUCGUGUCCAGUGUCACCUGGAGGAUUCACCCCAGACAUGCAGCUCUGUUUCUGGGCUGGAGCUCGGUGUCUCCUGCCCGUCCUGGUUCUUCUGCCCGUCCUUCAUGUCCGAGCGGCGGAGCAGCAUCCACCCAAAGAGAGACACUACUACAUCGCUGCUGUGGAGAUACACUGGAAAUACUCUGACAAUGACACACACAGCUAUAAGAAAGUGGUGUUUCGAGAGUAUGAGAAAGGUUUCACGAAGGCGAAGACUCAUCCCUCCUGGUUAGGUCUGCUCGGACCCACCCUGAGGGCGGUGGAGGGCGAGACCCUCGUGGUCACUUUCAGGAACAUGGCGACCACGUCACACAGCAUCCACCCACACGGGGUCGCUUACGGGAAGCAGUCAGAGGGAGCCCACUACUUUGACAACACGUCACAGAAAGAGAAAGAGGACGACGUCGUGCAGCCCAACUGCGAACACGUCUACUACUGGGAGGUGACGUCAGACGUUUCACCGCAGCCACACGACCCCGUCUGUCUCACCUACAGCUACAUCUCCCACCAGAACGUCGUGGAGGACUUCAACUCCGGCCUCAUCGGCGCGCUGCUCGUCUGCAAGCCUAAAAGCCUGAAUGAGUCGGGGCAUCAGAUCAACUUCCACCAGGAGUAUGUGCUCCUCUUUGGGGUUUUUGAUGAGAAGGAGAGCAGGUACAAAUCAAUCGGCCACGCCGCAGACAACCACGUCAAAUACACCAUCAACGGAUACACCAAGGGAUCCCUGCCAGAUGUGAGUGUGUGCGCUCAUGCCUCCGUGAGUCUGCACCUCUUGGGCAUGAGCUCGGAGCCGGAGGUUUUCUCGGUGCACAUGAACGGGCAGGUGCUGCAGCAGGCCGGCCACAGAGUGUCGUCAGUGGGUCUGAUCAGCGGCUCCACCGCCACUGCCAGCAUGGUGGCCAUCCACACAGGCCGCUGGCUGCUGUCGUCACACAUCAGCAGACACAUUGAAGCUGGCAUGCACGGUUUUGUGGAUGUGAAGACGUGCGACGGCUUCGAAACUCCACGCCGACGGUUGACUAUCGCACAAAAAAGAGGAAGCAGCGAGUGGAUAUACUUCAUAGCCGCUGAGGAAAUUGUCUGGGACUAUGCACCUAACAUGCACCAACAUAUUGAUGAGGACUUCAGGCUGCAGUACUUGAAACAGUCAUCGACACGCAUUGGUCGGAAGUACAAGAAGGCCGUGUACACGAUGUACAAGAACGAUUCAUUCACAGAGAGGACGGAGACCAAGCAAAGGAAAAAUGAGCUUGGGAUCCUGGGCCCAGUGAUCAGAGCCCAAAUCAGAGACGUUAUCAAGAUUGUUUUUAAGAACAUGGCGUCCAGGCCUUACAGCAUCUAUCCACACGGUCUGACAAUCCUGAAGUCAGAGGAGGGAGUCAACUACCCAGAAGGAGGCAACCAUUCUCACGGGGUUCAGCCUGGCGAGACGCACACCUACGUCUGGAGAGUGGUGGAGGAGGAUGAGCCUUUGGACGGAGACUCUCGAUGUCUGACUCGGAUGUACCACAGCGCAGUGGACGCACCACGUGACAUCGCAUCAGGACUGAUCGGACCGAUCCUGAUCUGCAAGAGUCAGUCGCUCAAUCUCAGGAACGUGCAGUUGAAAGCAGACAAGGAGCAACACGCCGUCCUCGCUGUGUUUGAUGAGAACAAGAGCUGGUACCUGGAUCACAACAUCGCUAACAACUGCGAUCGAACCCAAGUCAACAAGGCCGACCCCGACUUCUACAAAUCCAAUGUCAUGCACACGAUUAACGGUUACACGUUUGAGAGCGGCCCGCUCUUGGGCUUCUGCAAUGGCGAGAUAGCAACGUGGCACGUGUCGAGCGUCGGAGCACAGGACUACAUCCAGACGGCUACGUUCUAUGGUCACAUGUUCAAGUUGAACGAGCGGCCGGAGGACGUCCUCAGCCUCUACCCCAUGACCGGAGAAACCAUCACCAUGAGCAUGGACAACCUCGGUGUCUGGCUCAUGGCUUCUCUGAAUUCUCAUGAGACGACCAAAGGGAUGCGGGUGAAGUUCCAGGAUGUUGAGUGCUAUCGCGAGUACGAGUACGAUUACCCUGAGCAAAAGGGCCCUUUCACCGAGUGGAACCCUCAGACCAUGGAAGACAUCAAGAAGGAAGAGGAGAAGCCGGCACAUAAGAAUGUGGUGGUGGACAUUGACACAGACAGGUUUGCAGAAGAGCUGGGUAUCAGGUCCAGCAAAAACCCAACGUCCGACAUGGAGCAGCUGGACCUCUCUCUCCUCGACAACGACACCAUUGAUGUGCCCGACGGACCAAAACCAAACACAAUGAACAAGACGUUAUUAUCAAAUCGUGAAGAGGCCGAUGGAGUGAAAGUCACAGUGCUUGAUUUUCUGAGUGAGAAUACGACACGUAUACAGAACACAAGUGUAGCGUCAAUACUUAACACUUCUUCCACAUUGAAAACAGAGAACACGACCGUCUCAUAUAACAAAUCACCGAAGGACGAGAGUAUAACUACAAAUAGCAACGUUUCUCAAAAUGCUUCUAAUCCUGAUAAUGAUGCUGUGUCUGACACGAAGAACAAAACUUUCCACAACGCUACGGAAUUAUCAGCUGCUGGAAAUGUUUCUGCAGAGAUUACAAACCUGAGAGUAACCAAACCAGAAACUGCUAAUCUUACAGUAACAGAACAAGAAACUACGAACAUUACAGCAACAGAACAAGAAACUACAAACAUUACAGCAACAGAACAAGAAACUACAAUCAUUACAGCAACAGAACAAGAAACUACAAACAUUACAGCAGCAGAACAAGAAACUACUAAUCUUACAAUAACAGUGCAAAAAUCUGCAAAUCUGACACCGACUGGAAAUGUAAGUUCCCUCUUGGAGACUGAAAGACAUAAGGUAACCCUGACUGGUGAUAACCGGACGUCUGCCGAGGACUCUGAGGAAAGACUCACCAGAGGAGACGUGUUCUCUUACUCUGAUGCUCAGUCCAACACCAACAGUUCCCUCAGUCUGCCAGAGACACAGAGGAAAGAUGAGAAUAACACAGCAACUGACAUGUCAGCAGAUGCAACAUUGUCCUCUCUGGACGCUGGAGAGUUUAACGUCAGCAGCACAGACAGACACAACCUGACAAUCCUUGUGUCAGAGGUGGAGAACGACAGAAGCAGUGGUAUCGACUCUCUGAGCACUGGAGCAGAGCUGGAGAACAAACCACAUCCAAAUCUAUCCAGAUCAAACUCUUCAGGGUUGAGGAACGAGACAUCGUCUGCAGAAAGAAACGAGACGGUGGAUGGGGAUUCGUCCAGAUCCAGUGGUGGAGUCAGAACGGGAAGUUCCGAGGAUCUUAGUGCCACCGUGAGCAGGGAAGAAAUUCUGAUCUACCUCGGAGAAAACGACAUGGAGGUGAUUAAAUCCACCUCUGUUAAAACACAGGGCCACAACUGGACUUACGAGGGAACUCACCAAACGGAGCCCAGGAAGAUUCCCGACCACAUGGUGAAAUAUUUCCCGAGAAUAACCCCUCGAUCAACGCCAGCCCCAAAGAGGAAGAUGAAGACGGUGCACCUCCGACAGAGGCCUCAGAAGGGUGAGGGCAUGAAAACCAAGAGGAAGAAGGUGUACAAGCCUAUGGCCAGGAGCAGUUUGCCGUUCUCUCCUCGUGGAUUCAAUCCAGCUAUGACGCCACGCGGCACCCGACCCAACAUACCGGUCCCCUUCUCUGAUGAGGAGGAGCUCAUUAACAUGCCCGUGGUGAUCGGCAUGCCGCGGCAUGACUUCAGUGACUACGAGCUGUAUGUUCCUGGAGAUGAACCAGAUCAUCUCGGGAUGGAUGAGCAGGACGUGAAAGCAGAUGAGUAUGAAUAUGUGGUCUACAAAGACCCCUACAGCAGCCACGAGGACAUCAAGAAUAUGUACCUGGACGAGACCUCCAAAUACAUCUUGAAGUACUCAGGCCCCAACGUCAGGACGUACUUCAUCUCUGCAGAGGAGGUGAAGUGGGACUACAGCGGCUACGGGCAGAGGAGACAAGACAAAGUGCAACUUAACACCCGGAAAACGACGUUCGCCAAGGUGGUUUUCAGAAGUUACACGGACAGUAGCUUCAGCACCCCCGACGUCCGUGGAGAGAUGGACGAGCAUCUGGGAAUCCUGGGACCGGUCAUCAAGGCCGAGGUUGGACAAAGCAUCAUGGUGGUGUUCAGGAACAACGGCAACCGGCCGUACUCCAUUCAUCCAAACGGGGUUACCUACACCAAGCAGAACGAGGGUCUGUCCUACGAGGACGGCUCCAAGUACUGGUACAAGUACGACAACGAGGUUCAACCCAAUACCACCUUCACGUAUCUAUGGAAGCUCCCUAACGAGGUCGGGCCAAAGCCAAGUGACUCUGACUGUCUGACCUGGGCCUAUUACUCAGGUGUCAACCCUGAGCGGGACCUCCACUCGGGCCUGAUCGGGCCUCUGCUGGUGUGUCGGGAGGGAACCCUGAGCGGGAACCUGCCGGACAUCAGGGAGUUCGUGCUGCUGUUCAUGACCUUCGACGAGUCUCAGAGCUGGCUCUACGAGAAGAACCACGAGAUGAUGCAGAGGAAAAGUCGCAGGAGAAACUUUGACCCUCACUUCAAGGACAAGCUCAAGUUCCAAUCCAUCAACGGGAUCAUUUACAACCUGAAGGGUCUGAGGAUGAACACCCACCAGCUCGUGCACUGGCACCUCUUCAACAUGGGUUCUCCCAAAGACUUUCAAAGUGUCCACUUCCACGGCCAGACCUUCCUGCACAGGGGGACCGGCAGCCACAGACAGGCUGUCUACCCUCUGCUGCCCGGGAGUUUUGCGACUCUGGAGAUGCUUCCUGCCAAACCUGGUCUGUGGCAGCUGGAGACAGAAGUUGGCACUAACCAGCAGCAGGGAAUGCAGACUCUCUUCCUGAUCCUAGAAAACGACUGUAACCGUCCGCUGGGUCUGGAGUCAGGCAGCGUGAAAGAUGCUCAGAUCACAGCAAUCAACACCAGAGGAUACUGGGAGCCGUAUCACGCCAGACUGAACAAUCAAGGUAGAUACAACGCGUGGAGCACAGAGCGGAACAACAGCUGGAUUCAGGUGGACUUCCAGAGGCCAGUCGUGAUCAGUCAGGUGGCCACUCAGGGAGCCAAGCAGAUGUUUAACUACCACUUUGUGGUCAAGUACUUCAUCUCCUACAGCACCGACCGCAGGAAGUGGAUCUUCUAUAAGGGCGACAGCGGGGGCCUCAGGAAGGUCUUCAUUGGGAACCAGGAAGCGUACGUGACAAAGAGCAACACCUUCUCUCCACCUCUGAUUGGACGGUUCAUCAGACUCCACCCCAUGAACUGGUACAACAAGGCCACAGUUCGCAUGGAGUUCUACGGCUGCGAGCUCGACGGAUGCUCGGUGCCCCUGGGGAUCGAGAGCGGACUCAUUGGGGAUCGUCUCCUCACUGCCAGCUCCACGGCCUCCAGCUGGUACUCUGGACCCUGGAAACCGUCCCUCGCUCGCCUCAACAAGCAGGGAACCACCAACGCCUGGCAGGCCAAGUACCAUGACAUGAGCCAGUGGCUGCAGGUGGAACUGCCGCAGGUGAAGAAGAUCACAGGUAUAAUAACGCAGGGAGCCAAGUCUAUGAGGACAGAGAUGUACGUCAUGUCCUACACUCUCCAGUACAGCGACAACGGGAUCAACUGGAUCCAGUACACAGACGACGAGGAGCUCCAGUACAAGACCUUCUCAGGAAACAAUAACAACAACGACCACGUGAAGAACUACAUCUACCCCCCCAUCUUCUCACGCUUCAUCCGAAUCGUCCCCCGCAGCUGGACGAGCUCCAUCACCAUGAGGGUGGAGCUGCUGGGCUGCGAGUUUGAGUGAUGCAACACACACUGAACUUGCCUAAGAUCAAGUCUAUGUAACAAUAAUAACUUUAUUUGUAUUUAUCUAAACAAGGUUGCAAAGCGCUUCUCAAGGUGCAUAAAACAAAUGAUAAAACUAAAAGGUAUUCAAUUAACAUGUAUGGGUCAAGUCAUUACAUAUUAGGGUUGAGACCUUCAGAUGAGUUUUAGAAAAGCAAACCAUCAGUAAACUUUAGGCCUCGGAGAUUCUUUGAUUGAGUCCUUUGAUCUCACUAACGUCAUCUGCAUCACAUUUAAGCAUCAAACAGGCUCCUCAGAAAUAUUUAACAUGUUAUUAGAUUUCCUUUAAAUCUAAUGAAGCUGCACCAAAUUACACACACAUAGAAAUUAAGUCCCCUAAAUAUGUGGCAUUUGUUUCAUCAGGAUCUUUGUAGAGGAUAAAACAUAUACAGAUAUACGAAAUCAAAGCUUUUAUAAUGUAAACACAAACAUGCAUUCGUUAAACUCAUCAUAGUUUGUCGAACUUAACUGAAACAUAAAUCUCCUAAAUAUCAGUUUCUCUCUGGUCGGGUUCAGAGGUUUUAACCUAAUAGGAUGUAAAAGUGUUGAAUUAUUAUAUUAUAUCUUCAUGUGUUUUUAAUGCUGUUAUUUGUGUCAUUGGUUUGUGCUUCAUACUUUUCCUUGUGCAAAGAAACAUUUAAAUAAAUUCUAUAUAAAGAUAUACUUCAGUGUAUCUAAUGCAGACACUCUGGUUCUAUGUGAUACAAUUCUUCACUCUUUUGUUAAUAUUUCUGUGAUUUUUUAAAACUCGUUGCAUUUCUAACUCUGACACGUCCAACUUUGUACUUCAUGAAACGAAUAGAGAUGAAUGUAAAUAUGUAAGUAGAGGCCUUGUAAUUUAUUUUGCAAUAAAUAAGAUGCCAUAUGA